GUAGCGGGAGCUGGUUAACAGAGCGCCAUCUGCGGAAGUAUAUCAAGGUAGGAAAGAGCUGCCUCUCCUCCGUCUUUCAUCUCCCUCACAUCAUCUCGAACACGGGUCAGCCUUUCACUUCAUCGGCCAUGGUCAAGAUCAUUGUUGGCUUGAUGGGCUCUUCGGCGUCGUCCGGUUCAGCAUCGAUGAAUGGCGCGAACCAGCUCCGGCCGUUCCUCAACAUGCUGAAGCAGCACGGAGUCCGUGAGCUCGAUACUGCGCGUGUGUACAACAAAGGCAAGAGCGAAGAAGAUCUGGGCGGCAUUGCAGAGGCUAAAACGCAGUUCAUGAUCGCCACAAAAGCACCGGGCUACGGUCCAGACACGCUCAGUUACCAGAAUGUGAUCGAUAACUGUAAUGCAUCGCUCAAAGCGCUGAAGCAAGACAAAAUCGAACUGUACUACUUCCAUGGCCCAGAUAGGAAGACACCUUUGGAAGAGUCAUGUCGGGCCAUUUCCCAGCUUCACCGUGAUGGCAAGAUUGAUAGAUUCGCCAUCAGUGGCUUCAAUGUGCAGGAAGUGGAGGACAUUCAUGCCAUCUGUACUCGGAAUUCGUGGAUCGCACCAAGCGUCUACCAAGGCAUCUAUAAUCCACUAGCCAGGGCGGCUGAGCAGAGCCUAAUCCCCACGGUGCACAAGUUCAACAUGGCAUACUACGCCUGGAGUCCGUUAGCAGGCGGCUUCUUCGCAAAAUCUGCUGAGCAGCUCCGCACGCCAGCGGCAGGCGGAAGGUUCGAUCAAAUGAAGCAUUUCUCGAGCAUGUUCGUCAACGACGUGUCACUAGCACUGCAUGAUGAUUUAACGAAAGCGAGCGAGGCGGAAGGCCUUAGCGUGAAGGAAGCCACGUUGAGGUGGCUCAUGCACCACUCUGCGCUUGGCAAGGAAGACGGUGUCAUCCUUGGAGGCUCGAGCAUCGAGCAGAUGGAGCAAAACCUUCGCGCUUGCGAGGGUGGUCCGCUACCAGAAAGCGUGGUGCAGUCUUUUGCUAAUAUGUGGACAAAGUGGCAGGAAGCUGGCAAGGCUUUGCCGGCAAGCUCGUAGCUGUAAAAAGUGCCCGCGCAUGAGCUUCCUCGGUGCGUUCUGCACUGUACACAUGAUCUUCCGUCUCGUAUAUUCAAAGUAUCCAACACGU